AUGGUAUAUGAAGGAGGCCAUGAUGAUCAGGCUUUUGUUGCUUUAAUUUCCACUGACUACCCAGGAGCCCGAGACUCUUGCUCUGAGAAUUGUGGGAAGUCUUUUUCUGGCUGCUCCUGCCAAGCGACCUGUGCAUCUCUGGGAAUAUGCUGCCCUGAUUACUGGAAAUUCUGCCUGACCAUCUCUCCAUAUUCGGGAACGCUGCUUGGUGGAAAGGAUGUUACUGUCUUAAAUGUGACCUUUGACCGCUCUUCUGAUGUGAAGUGCAGGUUCAUGAAGACAAUUGAAACCAGUGGGUAUGUUGCUGAGGACGGAUACACUCAUUGCAUCUCUCCCUUGCUCUACCAGAUUGGCAUUAUUAGCCUGGACAUUUCCAGUGACGGUGGGAAAACAUUUCCCUGGUCAGGAGCUUGGGUCUCAGUUCAUCACAGCAAAGUGUCACCUUUGGAAAAAAGCACGCUAGUGAAUGAAACCAAGUGGCAAUACUACGGCACUCCUGGGACUGCAGGAAACCUGACUGUCACAUGGGAGCCCCGGAUGCUUCAAGCUGCGCACGUCAAUCUAGAAGUCUGGGGAUAUAAUGAAACAGGCACGCCUUACUCAGAGAGCUGGAAAGCUGAAUGGAAGUAUCUCUACACUCUCAGCAAAGACGCUCCCAACACCGGAGCGUUUACCUUCCUGCCUGCCCCUUCCGCUCAGUACAGUGCUUGGGAACUGGGGGCCCUGAGGAUUUCUUCCAGCAAGUCUUCUGACGGGCAGAGCAACGUGGCAGCCGUCUGGAGCACGGAGCAUGCGCUCGCCUGGCACCUGGACGAGGCCUUCAGGGCGGACCCUGCCGUGUGGGCAGCAGCCAAGUGUCGCCAGUGGGACAGCCUGGAGAGGGGCCUGCCCAGUUUCCUGCCGGAGCUUGUGGACUGUCCCUGCACCUUGGCGCAAGCCAGGGCCGACACGGGCCGCUUCCAUACCGACUACGGCUGCGACAUGGACAAGGGCAGUGUGUGCACCUACCACCCGGGAGCUGUGCACUGUGUGCGGAGCGUCCAGGCCAGCCCGCAAUAUGCCGCAGGGCAGCAGUGCUGCUAUGACCCCAGAGGGAUCCAGAUCCUCACAGGAGACUCCACGGGGGGGAGCACGCCCGACAGAGGUCACGACUGGGGGGCUCCUCCUUACAUGAAGCCCCCCCGUGUCCCUGGCUUCUCCCACUGGCUCUACGACGUCCUCAGUUUCUACUACUGCUGCUUGUGGUCCAACCAUUGCUCCGUCUACUUCAAGCAUCGUCCCUCCAGUGGCUGCCAGAAAUACCAGCCCCCCAGAAUAGCAACAGCAUUUGGAGACCCUCACUUUAUCACUUUUGAUGGCACUAACUUCACAUUCAAGGGGCUUGGCGAAUACACUGUGCUGGAAUCCAAACUGACAGACCUGAGACUUCAAGGGAGAACUCGCCGUGCCCAGCUGCCUGAUGGAGCUGAGGCCAAAGUGACAGGCUUCUCUGCCAUUGCUAUGCAGGAGAACAGCUCGGAUGUGAUUGAGAUACGCAUCCCAGAGCACUCCAGCAUGCUAGAGGUCCUGUGGAACCACAAGGCUCUCAACUUCUCUGAAGAAAGCUGGAUGGACCUGAAAGGCCUCUUUCUCUCCACAACACCUGGACAGAAUGUCACUGUGAUGUUUGCCUCUGGAGUUGGUGUCGAAGUGCAACAGAGGGGAGGUCGUCUCCUGAGCCUGACAGUGUUGCUGCCAGAGAAGUUCCUAAAUCACACACAGGGUCUCUUCGGGGUCAUGAAUAAUGACCCAUGGGAUGAUUUGACCCUCCGCAAUGGAACGUCCCUCCAUGCCAGCAGCAGUAGCCCAGAAGAGCUCUUUGCCUUUGGAGCAGAUUGGGCCGUCCGGAACGGGACUUCGCUCUUGACUUACGACACGCCCGACUUGCUGCAACGGUUCUUCUACGCGCCCAAGCACAACCGCUCUUUUGAGCCGGAGUUCUCUCCCUCCGAAGAGCCCGGCGACCCCCUGGGGGAGCAGAUGGCCUCGCUCUGCCAGGCGGACCCUUUCUGCAGGUUCGAUGUCCUGACCACUCGCGACCUGGCCGUGGGCAACAGCACCAGGCUGGCCCAUCAGAACUACAAGCGCCUUCUGCGGAGCCUGCAGCCAGUGGUGUCCUGUGGCUGGCUGGCUUCUCCCUCAAACGGCAAGAAAGAAGGCACAGACUACUUGUCCGGUUCCUAUGUCCGCUUCAGCUGCAAUCCUGGGUAUCGUCUUGCAGGUUCCGCAGAGAGGAUGUGUCAGGGCAGCGGAGCCUGGUCAGGAGUGUCAGCUGACUGCUUGCCAAAUGCAGGCACCCCACAGGCACGCCCCUUUGGGCUGCUGCUGCUGCUGCUGCUAGGAAUGCUUGCCUCGCUGAGCUUGGCCGUCUGAAUGUUCCACCCUGGUUGCCACCACUUCAGAGGGUAAGGACCUGGCCAGGAAGAACCUCGACACUUCUGUUCUCACAUGCUUUUAAUUAGAAUUAAUUUUUAAUAAUUUAAAAAACUUGUUUUAAUAACUGUUUUAUUCUGUUUUUAUUGUCAUGUAUUUCAAUCUGUGGUUUUUAGAUAUUUUAAAUUUUUGUACACCGCCUAGAGAUGUACAUAUCAGGCGGUAUAGAAAUAUGAUAGAAUUAAAUCAAAUAAAUAAAUAAAUAAAAUGUU